AUGAAUAAACAUGUAUUUUGGCUGCUAUUUGCAUCCUUGCUACUGCGAAUUGGCUUUUUUGCUUAUGGUAUAUUCCAAGAUGCAAAUUUCGAGGUGAAAUAUACUGAUAUCGAUUACUUUGUUUUCCAUGACGCUGCGGGCUACGUUUUCAAUGGAGAGUCACCAUAUCUGAGAGACACUUAUAGAUAUACCCCACUUUUAAGCUGGUUGCUUUUACCCAACUAUUAUACACAAUGGAUUCAUAUGGGAAAGAUCUUCUUCAUUUUAUUUGAUUUAAUUACUGGUGCUAUCAUCAUAAAACUACUUGAUGGUACUUGUCAAUUGAAGAAACAAUUGUGUUUAGCAUCUAUCUGGUUAUUAAAUCCAAUGGUUAUAACCAUUAGUACCAGAGGAAAUGCAGAAUCUGUACUUUGUUUCCUGAUCCUUUGCUCAUUUUAUUUCUUGAAACGUAAUGAGCUAGUUUUAGCUGGUUUAUUUUAUGGUCUUUCAAUUCACUUCAAGAUUUAUCCGAUAAUAUAUGCCUUACCUAUUGCUCUAUUCAUAUUUUUGUCUGCAAAGUCGGGGAGGAUUAUGAGACUUAUAACCAUCGGACUGUCAACACUUAUAGGGUUGCUCGUACCAACAUAUGCUAUGUUCAAAAUUUACGGCACUGAAUUUGUGAAACAUUCGUAUACAUAUCAUUUUGCGAGAACAGAUCAUAGGCACAAUUUUUCUAUUUGGAACUUUGUUCUACUUUUAGAGUCUGCGGAUAUACGUCUAUUCGACAAGGUGGAAUUCGCUAAGUUUGCAUUUGUUCCACAACUGCUCUUGUGCGCGGCACUUCCAUAUCUCUUGUUUAAAUCCCCAAAUUUCGAAACAAUGCUUAAUGUCACAUUUUUACAGACAUUUGCAUUUGUAACGUUUAACAAGGUUUGUACUUCGCAAUACUUUAUAUGGUACAUGGUACUAUUGCCAUUCUAUCUCGCAAACACAACGCUAAAUUGGAAAAAUGGCGCUAUUUGCAUUUUAGCAUGGAUUGCAUCACAGGCAGUUUGGCUUUCACAAGCCUAUAGACUUGAAUUCUUAGGUCAAAAUGUCUUCUUCCCGAAUCUCUUAAUAGGGAAUGUCAUAUUCUUCUUAAGUAACGUCUACUUAUUGGACAUCUAUCUGUCAGAUAUUAAGUUGAGAUCAAGACCUUCUCCUCAUGAAUUAGAAAAGAAGAAGAAUUAA